AUGCAACCCUUACCGAGGAACGUUAAGUCUACAAAGAGUCGGUUGGACACUAUAAAUCAGACGCAGUCACAUCUCUUGGUGCCCUCGGAGAAGUUGGAUAAGGUCACAAGGAGGGUUAUUGCGCCUUAUGCACAGAUCGAAAGAAAAGGUCUAAAAGAGGAGGAGGAUAAAGCUGGAAGAUACCUAGACAUGAGCCGGUUCAACGUGUUCUUGGAGGACACUGUGGACCUGGAGUCACUUCUCUAUGAAACCGCUAUGGUAUUGAAGAAUGUCACUGAUAGUACGGGAGUAUUUGUGUACAUAGUAGACAAGUUGAGGAACGAGAUAGUCCUGAUGCAUCCAGACACGGUGAAUCCCGAUCGACACGAAGUAAAUAUGACGAUCCGUGAAGGCAAAACAGCAGCAGCUCAUGUGGCGUAUACCAAAGAGUUUUUACUUCUAGAAGAUGUACAACAUGAUCGGCGGUUUUCUGAAGGACUACGGUGGAUAGACGCGAAGGUGGCGCUCUGCAUGCCGGUCAUCAAGCCGGAUGGAGACUGCUACGCUGUACUGGAGCUUUACAGAACUAACCCGAAGAUUUAUGAUGAUGUUAGACGUGUUCUUAUGUUUCUUAUUAAAUAA